AAUCAGAUUAUAAAAAUGCUUUUGUAACAUAUGAUAAAAUUAAAGAUGAAGGUAAUGACAAUUUCAAAUUUCAAGUCAAAUUUAAAAUGGGACUACACUUGCUUGCUGGUGCUGGUUGUAAAGAAAAUAUUGCAAAGGGU